AUGGUGAGGUCGGCGGCUUGCUCAUUGGAAGCGAAGAGGAUGGGGGUUUUGAUGGAGAACUUUGGUCGUGCAACUGGACUUCGGGCGAAGGAGAGUAAAGAGAUGAUCGAGACGACGCUGGAUAGUCGGAGAGUCUGCUUGGCAAGUAUGGCAAGACCAUCUCGCACGUGA